AUGGCGAGGGAUAUUGGAUUACGUAACGGUGUUUCCGGUUCCUCUCGGGCCUUUGCUGCGUUAGCUGCUGUGGAGGGAGCCUUUAAGAUCAGCACAUGUCGGUUGGAACGGAAAGCAAGGACACCCGUAGCACAUAUCAGUGAUUAUCAGUGUGUGCCUGCAAACGAGGAGGCUUUGCUUAAAGCUGUAGCUCACCAACUAGUUUCAGCUGCUGUCUUUUCUGAAAAAGUAGACUUUAGGCAAUAUAGAGGUAGUUUAUUCUUUAAACAUCAUGAAGGUUAUCCUAAUCAUGCUGUUACUAUAGUUGGGUACGGGAAAGAACGUAAUGGGAUCAAUCAGCACCAUAUUGGCCAGGAUAUAAGGGCAGAGAAUGUGAAGGGAGGCUAUGUUUCUGGUUGCUUUUCCAUAGUUUCUGAGAAUUUAUCUGUUGAUGCUGAUGGUGAUCGGUGA